AACAAACUGCAAUCUUGCCCAAGAAUCUCCUCCGUUCCGCGGUAUUGCAACGCGAACCCCUACAACACUGCUAUUCGCAAUUGAAUCUCGGGUUUCUCGCAUCUGCACCUGAUGAACGCACAAACCGAGAAAAUGGGAGACCCCAAUCACAGAUCAGCCGGGGCAACAGCAUCUGCCUCUAUGGAACUACACCAGCAGCACCAGCAAGCCCCCAUGGGGUCUUCCGGUCCCCCCCACAUGGGUCUCGGUGGCCACCCACGCUACUCGCAGCACGCGGAGCAAGAGCUGCGGCCCGGUGGACCACCUCCACCCAUGGGAUACGGCGGGCCUUCGGCUCUGUCGCACGGAUCUUUUGGCAAUUCGUACAGCUCGUAUCCCCCCGCUCCCUACGGCGGCGACGGGGGAUACGGGGGAGCACCCCCUCCCGGGUCGCAUCCCCCCGGCUAUCCCAGGGGCGCCGCCGCUGCCGCGGCCGCUGCUGCGUACUCCAUGCCCCCCCAUUCGUUUCCCUACGGCGCCGCUGGAUACGGCCCCGGGGGCUAUCCGCAGUCCGCUCCCCACCCGGCCUAUCCCUACGGGGGAGGUUACGAGGGCCAUUAUGGGAGCCAGGGUGCGAACCUGCACCGGCCGCCGGGGUCGUUCCGGGGGCCUUCCCCGGUGAAUCCAUCCGCCGCUCCAGGCAGGGGAAACGGCAGGAUGCAGAACGGUCUUUUGCCCGGUGCGGUGGCGCCCCUCUCGGACCUCAAUUCCCUUGUCUCGGGUGGAUCGUCGGCGCUCACAAAGAAAGGCGGUAGCUCGACCGCUGGAACCAAGGGGUUGCCCGGUUCUGCCCUGUCGGAUGCCAACGGCAAGCGCAGCGGCCCGCAGCAAUCCCUGAAGCCGGACCAGGGCGAGGUUGAGCGUUUGCGGGCCGCCGCGGCCACCGAAAUUACYACCGAAGAGGUCAAGCCGAUCCAGACCGACUUUCACUUCUUCGUCCGGGAGAACAUCGAACAAUACCGCAGCCUCGCCGAAGAGGAGGUGAAACGCAGCAUGGAGGACCAGUCGGCAACACCGGAUCCGAUGCUUGUGAAUUCCAACCUAAACACCCGUCUCAUGAGCGCAUGGGAAUGCCUGACUAAGGAGACACGAGACACCUUUAUGACCCACGAAGAAACGGACCGCCGCCGGUUCAUGGAAGACGACGAAAUUGCCAGCCGGCACUGCGCGACUCUCACGGCAAGGGGAAAGAGUCCCAGAGCUGUUGGCGGUGACUCCCUCAAGGAGCUUGCGGCUCUGCAACGACAGAAACAUCAAGAACAAGAGAAGAAAAAGCAGGAAUCGGGGACCGAUGGGGGUACUCCGAACACGGUCGCGGCCAAAACAAAAACCGAUGGCGAAGAAAAAAAGGCGGAAGAAUCGGCAAAGGAGGAAUCUAAAAGACCCGGUGACUCCGGUGGCGACGUUCACGAAUCCCCCGCCAAGAAAAACAAGGUCAGCCAAUAACAAGAAUCUACCAAGGGAUUGCAGCACAGCAAACUUAUCCGACGGGGCAGCUCUCUGGGGAGGGGGAAGGACACCCGGCGUCGGAAUACUUGGUAUUGGGAUCCGCUGCCGGCAUAGUCCAUAUCGAUGGUGGAAUUCAUUUGGGUGACAAAAGCCGGGGGAAUUGUAACUGUAAGCUAGAGCCAUUGUACUAAUGUAAAACGACUUUUAAAAAAAUGACGCCUCACUC